AUUGCAAUUAUCAACAAUGAUUCGCGUAUACUUAACUGUUAGUAUUGUAAUAUUUAUUCUCGGAAUAUCAGUCCAAGAAAUAAACGCAGAUGAGUUUGAUAGAAAUAUCCCAGAACAGUGUAGGAAUUUGUAUACAAAUUGGGAAGAUAGUUCAUAUUACGAUUGCUUAGAAAAGUAUUGUCCAUUACGGGAAAAUGAAGGAGUUGUUGACAAGUAUUAUUGUCAAGAAGAGUGUGAUCUAUCUGGAAAAAGAAUUAUGAAAGGUUGUUUCCUCAGUUUAGAAAGGGGAAUACCAGGAUGUGGCUGCAUAGAAAAUUACUGUCGAAGUUUCGAUGAUGUUAACUCAAAAUGUGUACCAGUAAAACAGGACGCCUGACUUUUUAUUUCGAAUGCGAUUU